AUGGAAUUUGCUCUCAAAUUUGAACCAGCUUCCAAGAUUUUUUAUGAAUUGAUUUUCCAAAAAACCGAAAACCAAGUUAGUUAUCUCAAAAUUCAAUUACGGGAUAUCCAAAGUCAACUUGCUCACCAAGAACGGAUAUUCGCUCGGAUUGAAAUCCGUCGCCAAGGUCGUGAACUUUUAACUUGUGAAUAUAAAAACCGACUAGGCUGUUUAGGGGUUUAUCAGUGCGAUAAUUGUCAAACUAAUUACUCCACAACUGACAACCAACAAGCCACAGAAAUGCAAAGCAUUCCCGGAGGGCAAAUUACCAAAUAA